AUGUCGAGCUAUACUUUACAUUAUUUUGAUGUGGAUGCUAGAGCCGAACUUAUCAGGCUCAUUUUUGCUUAUGGGGGAAUCGAAUUUAAGGAUGUUGUCUAUUCGUUCGAGGAAUGGCCCAGUGUUAAAGGGAAAUUUCCCUUCCAGACCCUUCCAGUAUUGGAGAUAGAUGGCAAACAACUCGCUCAGAGUAGUACUAUUGUUCGCUAUCUUGCUCGUGUUGCAGGAAUUGACGGUAGAACCAGUCUAGAACGAGCUAAAGCUGAUAUGUAUACUGAUGCCUUCGCGCAAGACAUAGUGGACAAAACUUAUUCCUUUCGUGUGCCCUUUCUUGAACCGGACCCUGAGAAAAGGAAAAUUAAGGGUGAAGAAUUCAUAAAAGAAAAGUUAAUCCCUUUCUUUAAGCAGCUCGAAGAGACAUUCGAGAAAAAUGGUGGAGGACCUUGGUUUUGCGGUGACACUUUUACUUAUGCCGAUUUGGCCUUUUUCCGCCUGAUAAACAAUGUUCAGUCUUUACUGAAAGAUUCAUCAAUUAAACAUCCUUCACUCUAUGCAGUCUAUAAACGUGUGGCUGAGAUCCCUCGUAUUGCAGAAUACCAGAAGAACAAGAAAGAGAGACCAUUUUAAACAUCAUAAUAUUGAAAAUCUGGUUAUCGUAGUGCCUAUAUACGUGUAUCUUUAAGUAAAAGAAGACUAGAUUAGUAUUUUGUCUUCAUGUAAUUUUAAUUUUUCUCAUACUGAUUGCUAUGAAGUAGCAUUUUCCCUGGAUACAUAGAAAUUAUAGAAUAAUAAUUCAUUAACAUAGAAUUUGUACCUUUACCUAUUCACUAAAUUGAUGUUAAAAUAAAAAUGUGCG